AUGCAAAGUAUAAAAUAGCUAUUAAUAGAUGUGCUCGAUAUUAUAGACAAAGUAUAAUGUUUUACAUAUAAGGAUGUCGUGGAAGCUUAUUAAUAAAUGAAUAAAUAGACUACCAAAGAGAUUUGCGGAUAGUCUGAAAUAUAAUAAUAUGAAUACAUUCUGUAAAUUGUAGCUUAUUUGAAUCGGUUGCUAUGUUAUUUAAUACCAUACUAGAAUCAAGAUGCUGUUUGAAGAGUAAUUGGAAGAACACAUUAAUAAUGAUUAUGAAUCUAUUAUACAAAAUCUUGAAGCGUCAAUACGUACACAUAUCAGAGUGGAACAACAGCAGAAACUCUAAAUCGAAGGUUUGAUAUAGAGGAUCGAAGAAAUUACUGUGGAGAAGGAUCUCCUAAUAUAAUAGCAACAAGAUAAAAUAAGAUCAUUAGAGUUGGUUAUUAAAGUAUCUAGUAUAAUAUAUUUCAGGACCAAAACAAGAAGCUGCAGGAGAACUCCCCUGUGGAAAUUAUUCAUAGGAAAACUCCAUCUGCUUUUGAGCGCUUGGGCAAAUUCGUUCAAAACAAGGUUCAAAAGAAUUUUCAUAAUUCUACUUACGAGGCAAAUUUCAAGACUUUCAUGAAGGUCUGUCACACUGAUGCUGAUCGAUCCCUAUCCAAAGGAAGAAGACAACUGUCUGCCAAAAGAGAAUUAGGGUUACAGAGAAUGAAUGAUGAGACCCAGCAAUUUCUCGAAUCCAAAAUUACAGAGACUGAAAGAUAAAGGGAAAAUGUGAGGCACAAACUCUAACGGUCAGAUAAAACCAACGAAUUGUAACAUCAAGCAACCAGUCCUGAAAAAUAAGUGCAAAUGAACAAGUACAAGGGAUUGUCCAAGGUUGAUUAGUGAUUUUAUCUUAGUAGUAGUAGUUUGACUCUUAGAAGUAAGAGUAAACAGUCUCGAGUUAGAGUUUCGAAUAAGUUGGUAAGAGUUUGAUGGCAUUGUAAAAAUAAAUAUCUAAUGGACGCCUUAAAAAUACUUAAGGAACUUAAUUACUUAAAUUUUUAUAAAAGAAAUGAAUUUAUUUA